AAGAGAACCAUAAAAUAAAAUCAUCAAACAAAGAAAGAGGAAGAGAAAAAUGGAACCUUAUCAUCACCUAUUCACCCUACUCCUACUCCUCCUUCUUUUCCCUUCUUUUCUUGAAUCUCAAACUCAAAGACAAGAAAACAACACUGGCUACACAUGCAACAAAAACCAAACCAACAACAAUUAUCCAUGUCAAGCCUAUGCUUAUUAUAAAUCAACAUCACCAAAUUUUCUUGACUUAGCUACCAUAGGUGACCUUUUUUCACUUAGUCGUUUAGCUAUAUCAAAACCAAGUAAUAUAUCUUCUCCUUCUUCUCCUUUAAUUCCUAAUCAACCCCUUUUAAUUCCCUUAACUUGUUCUUGCAAUUUCAUCAACAAAACUUUUGGUUCAAUUUCUUAUUCCAACAUCACUUAUACCAUAAAACCAAGUGACACUUUUUUUAUUGUUUCAACUAUCAAUUUUCAAAAUCUCACUACCUACCCUUCAAUUGAAGUUGUUAAUCCAUCUUUGGUACCUACUAAUCUCUCAAUUGGUGAGAAUGUUGUGUUGCCUAUCUUUUGCAUGUGUCCUAAAAAAAUUAAAUCAAGUUCAAAUAUUUCAAAUUUUGCAAAUUACAUGAUAUCCUAUGUUGUUCAACCUUUAGAUAAUGUUUCAUCUAUUGCUUCAAUGUUUGGAACAAAUGAAAAGUCUAUAGUUGAUGUGAAUGGUGAAAAACUUUAUGAUUAUGAUACCAUCUUUGUUCCUAUUGAUAAAUUGCCUAUUUUGAAACAACCUAUUGUUCUUCCUCCAAGUGGAAAUUCUAAUGAUGAUAAAAUUAUUAGAGAUUUGGCUAUUGGAUUGGGAUUUAUUGGAUUCAUGUUGCUUUUGGUUAUAGGAAUUUGGAUUUAUAGAGAGGUUCUUUUUAAGGAUAGGUUAUGGAUGGUGAAAAUGAAAUUAGGGAGGGAAUUGUAUUUUGGACAAAAAGGGAAUAAAGAAAAUAAUAAUAACAAUAAUAAUAAUAAUAACAAAGUGGAUGUGAAGUUAAUUGCAAACGUGUCGGAUUGUUUGGACAAGUAUAGAGUUUUUGGGAUUGAAGAAUUGUUGGAUGCAACUAAUGGGUUUGAUGAAAGUUGUUUGAUUCAAGGAAGUGUUUAUAAAGGUUCAAUUGAUGGACAAGUUUAUGCAAUCAAGAAGAUGGAGUGGAAUGUUUAUGAGGAGCUCAAAAUCUUGCAAAAGGUUAACCAUGGGAAUUUGGUGAAGUUGGAAGGGUUUUGCAUUGACCCAGCAGAAACAAAUUGCUAUCUAGUCUAUGAAUAUGUUGAGAAUGGAUCUCUCUACUCAUGGCUUCACGAGGGCAAAAAUGAAAAGCUAAAUUGGGUAACAAGGUUAAGAAUAGCCAUUGACAUUGCAAAUGGUCUAUUAUACAUUCAUGAACACACAAGACCAAAAGUUGUACACAAAGACAUUAAGAGUAGCAACAUUCUCUUAGACUCAAACAUGAGAGCAAAAAUUGCAAAUUUUGGUCUAGCAAAAAGUGGAAUGAAUGCAAUCACAAUGCACAUUGUUGGAACACAAGGGUACAUUUCUCCUGAAUAUUUAGCUGACGGUAUUGUGUCAACAAAAAUGGAUGUAUUCUCUUUUGGGGUUGUGCUACUUGAAUUGAUUUCUGGUAAGGAAGCCAUUGACGAAGAGGGAAAUCUUUUGUGGGAUAGUGCUAUAAAAACAUUUGAAUUGAAUAAUGAGCAAGAAAAGGCUAGGAGAUUGAAGAGAUGGUUGGAUGAGGAUAUUUUAAAGGAGACAUGUUCAAUGGAAAGUUUGAUGGGUGUACUUCAUGUUGCAAUUGCUUGUUUGCAUAGAGAUCCAUCAAAAAGGCCUAGUAUUAUGGAUAUUGUUUAUGGGCUUAGUAAAAGUGAAGAUACUGGGUUUGAACUCUCUGAUGAAGGGAUUGGUUCACCAAGGUUGAUGGCUAGGUGAACUAGGUCACAAGGCUACUUUUAUGUCCUCUAAUGUUUCUAAAAACUAUAGUUUUGCUUGAAGUAUAUAUUUAAAAGGAAAAGACUUUAUUUUUUAUGGGAGUACACAUUCAUAAGACAAAAAAAAAAAGUGUUUUUCAUGAUGUAUAAUUUUGAAGUGUAUCUAAAUAGUAGAAAGAGAAACUUCCACUCGAUUAUGGUGCUGAGUGGCCCAAUUGAUUUAAAAGAUCCAAAUAUGCAGUAUUUCUUGAACAAAAGUUUUUUGAGUCCAAAUAUUUGGGAGAAAGUAAUUUUGGGCAGUACUUAGUAUUAUAUGAUAUAGUAGUAUAAAUUAGGUAUCUAUAGUAAAAAAAAAUUAAAAGUAGCUAGCUAUCUCAUUAAUGAUUUUUUUUUUGGCAAUGAAACUUUGGUAAAUAUUAGUGAUAGUUUUACUUGAGAAAUAGCCUUAUUGUCUAGUCUUGACUGAUUGCAAAAUCUUCAUGUUGGCAAUUUUGGAUAGGGUGACACUUUCUAUGUAUUUAUUUUGUCUUUGGAUGCGUUUGUAAAAUGAGAUUGUGUUUGUAAAAUCAGAUGGAGCUCGAUUGUUUUGGUAGUUAGGAGUUUGGUAAUUUUAUUUUUGUUAUUUGUAGAGUCUACCUUAAUAUUGGACUCUUGUAUUUAUUGUGUAUAUAAGCAUUUGUAAUGGUAUUAAUAAAGUGUGUGCAAUUUAGUAUUCAA